AUGUUCCUCUUCGAUUGGUUUUGGUCCAUCUUGAGUGCUCUCGGCUUGUAUCAAAAGUCUGGUAAGAUUUUGUUUUUGGGAUUGGACAAUGCUGGUAAGACUACUCUCUUGCACAUGUUGAAGAGCGAAAAACUUGGUACUUACUCACCAACUCAACAUCCAAACGUUGAGGAACUCACUAUGGGAAAUAUGAAUUUUAAAACAAUAGAUCUUGGUGGACACGUCUUAGCUAGAAGAUUGUGGAAGGAUUACUUUACAUCAGACGUUAGUGCUGUUGUCUUCUUAGUCGACUCUGCUGAUAAUGGUCGUUUCGAAGAAGCUUCAAAGGAAUUGCACGGUCUUCUCGGAUAUGAAGAUUUGCAAAAGGUUCCAUUCUUAAUUUUAGGUAACAAGAUCGACAAGCCACAAGCUAUUGGUGAACAACAAUUGGCUUACUAUUUGAAGGUUGAUGGUUUGCUCACAGGCAAGCAACACGGAAUUGACAAGGAUGGAGGUCGUCGUCCAGUUGAAAUUUUCAUGUGCAGCAUAGUGAAUCAAAUGGGUUAUGGAGAAGGUUUCCAAUGGCUUUCAUCCAAGUUCUAAAUUCUUUUG